AUAUAUUUAGAUUUAAAAGAAUGUGCCAAUCGGGUGCAAGAAUUUACUGAGCGCUCAAUGAGCGAUUGUAAUGCUGGAUGCAUCUCUUGUAUUCUCACAUUAUGGUAUAAAAGGCGUCCUCACGCCUUGCUUCCUCCAUUUUCUUCGUUGGCAGCGUCAUGUCGCACAGAAAAUUUAGCGCUCCUCGACAUGGGUCGAUGGGAUUCUACCCGAAGAAGAGAUCUCAAAGACAUCGUGGAAAGGUGAAGGCUUUUCCUAAGGAUGAUUCUAGCAAACCAGUACAUUUAACUUCUUUUAUCGGUUAUAAAGCUGGUAUGACUCAUAUCGUAAGAGAAGCUGAUCGUCAAGGAUCAAAGAUAAAUAAAAAAGAGAUUGUGGAGGCAGUUACUAUUCUCGAGACACCACCAAUGAUCGUAGUCGGUAUCGUUGGAUACAUUGAAACUCCACAUGGGCUUAGAGCACUUUCUACUGUUUGGGCGGAACAUUUGUCGGAAGAUUGCCGCAGACGUUUCUAUAAGAACUGGUACAAGAGCAAGAAGAAGGCGUUCACCAAAGCGUCGAAGAAAUGGCAGGACGAUCUCGGUCGCAAGUCCAUCGAAGCGGAUUUGAAGAAAAUCAAGAAGUACUGUAGUGUUGUACGCAUCAUCGCUCAUACUCAGAUGAAACUGUUGAGACAACGCCAAAAGAAAGCUCACAUCAUGGAGAUUCAGUUGAAUGGAGGCACUAUCGAGGACAAAGUGCAGUGGGCUCGUGAACAUCUGGAGAAACCUGUGCCUGUUAGCAACGUGUUUGCCCGUGACGAGAUGAUCGACGUGAUCGGAGUCACCAAGGGCAAGGGCUACAAAGGUGUAACGUCUAGAUGGCAUACGAAGAAAUUACCGCGUAAAACUCAUAAGGGUCUGAGAAAGGUCGCUUGCAUUGGUGCGUGGCAUCCCAGCCGCGUGUCGUUCACUGUUGCGCGCGCUGGUCAAAAGGGAUAUCACCAUCGUACUGAGAUGAACAAGAAGAUCUACAGAAUUGGCCAAGGCAUACACACUAAGGACGGCAAGAUCGUGAAGAACAACGCCUCAACAGAAUACGAUCUUACCGAAAAGACCAUCACGCCAAUGGGUGGCUUUCCGCAUUACGGUGAAGUAAAUAAUGACUUCAUCAUGAUCAAGGGAUGCUGCAUGGGUCCGAAGAAACGCGUGAUUACGCUAAGGAAGUCUUUGUUGGUGCAUACCAAGAGAUCUGCUUUGGAGAAGAUCAACUUGAAGUUCAUUGAUACCAGCUCCAAAUUUGGACACGGUCGUUUCCAGACCGCCGCGGAUAAAGCUUCCUUCAUGGGACAGCUCAAGAAGGAUCGCAUCCGUGAAGAACAAGCGCAGGCUUCUAGUUCUGCACCAAGCGCUGCUGCGGCUCAGUAGGAUCGUUCUAUUCUGUACUCUUCUCGAUCUUCAAAGGAAAAAUAAAUUUUAAACAAAGUAAAAAUUU